AAUAUGCAUAUGCGCACGUACUUACAUCUAGUAACAUAGGGAUAUAAUAUCUAGUGAUGUCUGAAAUCAGACAAGUCGGCCUCCCGGUCUAUAAUAAUAUAUUGUUAAUGUUCUAAAAUAGAUCCGGACGUUACAGCAGCCACAGACGAGGAAUUUCAAAUGCACUUUCGAUGUGUUUCAGAUAGAUUCAAUGUUGGUAAAGCUACAGCAUGGCGAAGUGUACAAAGAGUUGUAAAUGCGUUAUACGAGAAAGUAGCAACAUUUAUUCGUUGGCCAACUAGGAAUGAAGCACAAGAAACCAUAACAGCAAUACAACAAAGAUAUAAUUUUCCAGGAGUCAUAGAUGCAAUAGAUGGAACACAUAAAAAUUACUGCCCCAAGAGAUCAUAGUGAUUGUUAUAUAAACAGAAAAGGGUUUCAUUCCACUCAGCUACAAGUAGUUUGUGAUGAAAAAUUAAGAUUUAUACAUUGUUAUACGGGUCAAGUGGGCUCGGUACAUGACAUGCGUGUCUUCAGAUUGUCAAACAUCGAAAAUAUGUUCACGCAAGAAAAUUUUCCAAACGAUAGUCACAUUUUGGGCGAUGCAGCAUAUCGUCUCUUAAAAUAUGUAAUGGUUCCAUUUAAGGAUUAUGGUAAUUUAUCUGAAAGACAAGCAAAAUUUAAUAAAUGUCACUCUAGUGCCAGAAUGAUCGUUGAAAGAUCAUUAGGAUUGCUUAAAGGUCGUUUUCGAAGUCUCUUAGACAAUCUUGCGAUGCUAAGAACGGAUUUAAUACCCAAGUAUAUUAUAGCCUGCUGUAUUUUGCAUAAUAUUUGUUUAUUACGAAAUGAUAUUAUAGAUGUGCCUCUUAUUGUUAGUACAACAAAUAACAUACAAGUAACAUUUCAAGAUGUAGGAGACGAAGGUAACGAUAAAAGAAAUGCAAUCAUGUAUUCUUUAUCGCAAAAUGCUAAUUAACGUAAAUAUUGCGAUAUAUAUAAGUUAAAUAACAUGACUGAUGUUAUGAAAAAACAUUCUAUAUAAUUAUAAAAACUUUUAUUUUAUAUAUUUAGAAAUUUGUAACAAACAUAAUAUGUUAUAUUAUUACUGUACAAUAUUAAUACUGUACGUAUAUCAAAUUACAAACUACAGAAACGUA